AGCCUCGAAACGCUCAAAAAUGAUCCUUGUUGUCCUCGCUCUGUGCCUCGUCCUCGGCAUCGGCCAAGAAGCUUCUUUAGAAAAGAUAUCUGAUGGCAUCGAUAUCUCACGACCCAUCGAUAUCAGCGAAGAUUCUGACUUGGAGAGCAUGCCUUUGCGACAAGGCGAGAGGACUGUGGAGAGAGACCAUGGCGACGUGCUCAGAGAGAGGGAAAUGGAAAAAGCAAUAGCAAAGGAGAGGGAGAUGGAACGCGACAGCGAGAGACAAAAGGAGAGGGAACUUGUCGCUGAAAGAGAGAGAGCGAGAGUACGAGAAAGAGAGAGAGAAGCGGCCAAUGAGAGGGAAAGAGGAGCAGGACGGGACAGAGAAAGAGGACGGCAGUCGGACUACGAGCGAGACAGAGAACUCGAAGCGAAGAGGGAGCGAGAUCGGGAAGAGAGGCGAGGCACACCCACCACGCUUGAAAGGAGACGAGGAGAAGUUGACCCCCAUAGACCAACUAAUCAAUUCACCUCAGCCAGUGAAGUAGAAAGGCAAAGAGAACGAGACCGACAGGAAGAGAUCGAACGAGAGAUCAGAAAAGCCGAACAGAAGAAAGAGGCCCUACGAAAUAAGUCUUUGGUCAGUGCUUCGUAUGACGUCCGGCCGUCCAGUAGGGUAGUCGACAACCGGAGGAACGACAAUGACAGAAUAAGGCAAGCUGAGCGCGAGAGAGCAAUCCAGAGGGAGCGAGAGCGAAACGAAAAGUCGCAUCGAAGGCAUGAAGGACAUGGUCAGAGAGAUAGAGACCGAGACCAGCGUCGAGAUGGAGGCUCUGCAAGAGACCAUGAUCAUAGGCACGACGGGCAUCGGUUUAGCCAUGAGAAACCUCCCAUUCUGAUCAUCGAGGAAGUGCCUAAUGACUCAACUAGCGGAGAGCACACGAACAGACACCCAGUGUGGAGGGGGAGACCGAAUACCAACGAUAGGUAUAGAGGCCCCGGCGGCGCUCAGAGACCGAUUCAGGACCCACGAGCACCUGACAGACAUCCUGUUCUUCCGCGACCCAGCAUCACAAACUUGGACCGUCGUCCUGGCCGCCCCGACUAUCCGUCGAAAUAUGAUGAAGUGCACUUAGACAUUAUCCAUGAGCAUUUCCCUCAUCAUGGCCAUGAUGACGGCGUUGUAAAGCCCAUUCCCAUUCCACCUCCGCCACCCCCACCCGUGCCGAUUCCUGUCCCCGUCCCGGUCCCGGCCCCAGAUCCCGGUCUGAUCCUGCAGCAGCAGCUGGGUCAGGCCUUACUCACGAAACAUGCCAUCGAGGCCGGAGUGUUAACGAAGGCCGCAACGUUGGGGGUCUUAGGAGCCAUUAAAGCCGGAGCCGCGGCUCACCUGGGAGCACUGGGAGCCGGUGCCGCCGUCAGUAAUAUCAAGCACGCUGUCAAGGACAAACUGAAGACGCACCUGAAGCACAAAGUGGCGCAGACAAUUGCCGGUGGAGUGGCAGUUCCAGCUGGUCUUCAUGCUCUGAAGGUGCACACUCAGCUCAAAGGAGCACAGCAUCAGCUGCGUAAAGCCCGUGAGGCCAUCUUACUCAAGCUACUUUUGCUCAGGCCAUACUUUAAGCAUGUCGGUCCCACCUACAUUAUACCUCCCGAAUUGCCGGACAUACCUAUUGGAGUCCAUUUGACACCGGUUGAAGUAGAGCAGCUGCCAAGGAUAUACAUUGACCAGGUGCCCCACGGUGAUGCGUUUGCCCCUAUCCACAUCCCCGAGCUCAAGGAUGUGUUAGAGCCGCCCUUGGAGGCCGAAUACGUGGAGUACAUCCUCGGUUUGCCUGAGAACCUCUUCUCUACCGUCACAAGCAUGUCAAAGCGAGAGUUCUUGGUGACUUUAUUCCCACGUCUCUACCGUGAUUCGGUUCGUGAUCUGGAUCCUGUUGAAGACACAACGCCCGUGUACAUCCCUAGCAAGACGGCCACUUCCUCGUACAGUGUCCCGCCCGUGUAUGAGCCACCUGAAGUACUCAAAUCUACCUACGAUGUACCCACUGCAACGCCAGUCUACACACCGCCACGCAUAACGCCUCACCAUGUGUCCUCUCCCAAGCCGCCACCUCCCCUCUACAGCGUACCGUCGACCCCAGCUUCUGCCUAUGGACCUCCACCCAUCACCACACCCAAGCCUCCACCGCCCAUUGUCGUCAAGUCUCCUAAACCUAUCAUCACCACCACCCACAGACCCAUCAUCACCACCCACACGCCAAUCAUCACCACCACACACAACCCCAUCAUCACCACGACCUUCAAACCUGCUAUCACAACUACCUUCGCGCCAUCACCACCUUCGCCUUCAUACGGACCGCCGCCACAACCGCCACCUCAGCCGCCUCCUCCCGUCUACGGACCGCCCCCUCAGCCUCCUCCUCCCGUCUACGGACCGCCCCCUCAGCUGCCCUCUCCUGCCUACGGACCGCCCCCUCAACUGCCCCCUCUUGUCUACGGACUGCCUCCUCAACCGCCCUCUCUUGAUUACGGAGCACCAGCCACGCCCUCUGAGCUUGUGGUCGUCAAUCACGUCGACUGUCACGACCACGACGACCCGCACGCGCCUGUGGAACAUCACCACAUCCACCAUCACGUCCAUGUUAGUGAUGAUGCCCAACAUCGGGAUCCUGUCAUCGUGCCGGAGAGACCCAUCAUCGCACCAGAAAUUAAUGUGGCCUUUGACCAAGUCCCUGUGCGGACAACUCACCAUACGCCCACGCUCUCUACUCCCCUGCCGCCCAUCUUCACCACAAGCCACACGCCUCUCUUCACGACAAUACGACCACUUAAUAACUUUCUGAAUAGAAGUAACACAGAAAGCACUCACUUCGGAGAGUACCACGUCACCACCACAGAAGAUGGAAGCCAAGAGAUACCUCACUCACCUGGCCCUUUCCGGGUAUUCACUCCUGGCCCGUCCCACGUCUCGUCAACUGUGCCCCUCCAUGUAUCAACCCCUGAACCUGUAGUUGUCACAUCGCCCGGACCUAUUCACAUAAGUACAGAGGCACCGCUUCAUACGUCGGUGCACGCAACUACACCCGAUCUUGUUCUGAAUUCGCACGUCACACCAGCGCCCAACUUUUUCGAUACACUUGUUCCGAACCAUUCCGAACUAGGUUCCAUCCACGUGACCACACCUGACAGCACCCAUUCGCACCACACACCUGGCUCCAUCCACAUAACUACAGGAGAUCCACUCCAUCCUCCUGAUCAUAUCCACAUUACAUCCCCUCAUCCCAUUCAUGUAAAGAAUGAUGUCUUCAAGGCUUCUGAGAUUGAUCCGUUUAACUUACCGACACACACUCAACCCGACCACGUCCAAGCAACAACGCUCGGCUCCGUUAGCAUUCAACCUCACGGCAGCCCUGAAUCCGUCCGUGUGGGCAAGUACAUACCCCCUCAUAAUCCCGACUUCAUCAGGGCAGGUGGACAUCACCACGUCGGGAAUAUUAAAGAUCACGUGAUUGGCUCUGUUCAUACCACGACACUCAUUCCAAGUGACAUAUUUAAGCCUAUCCACGCAACUACCGCCUUGCCACCCCACUCGCCCGGCUCGGAUCAUGAGCCCAUCCAGCUGACCAUUUCCGAGUCGGAUUAUAAGGCAGGGCCUAUCCACGUCACUAUAUCAGAACCGGCAUAUGAAGGCGGCCCUAUUCAUGUCACCACAUCUCAGCCGCACUUAAGCCAAAAGCCUGAGAAUGUGCACCACACGACCCAUAGCCCCCAUUUUGUACAUCAUUCAACCCAUAAUCCUGACCACGUAUUCCAGUCAACUCACAAGCCAGACACUAUAUUCCAUUCAACCCACAAGCCGCACGGGCAUGAACAUAUAUUCCACUCGACACAUAAACCUGACCAUACAAUCCACACAACACCUGAUACUAUCUUCCGCUCAACCUACAAGCCUGAUCGUGAACACCAUACCACUCAUAAACCAGACCAAGUACACCAUACCACCCGCAGACCAGACUAUGUGCACCAUUCCACCCAAAUACCAGGCCAUGUACACCAUCCCACUCAUAGACCAGGUCAGGUACACCAUCCCACCCACACACCAGACCAUUUAUAUUCAAUCCGCAGACCAGACCAUGUACGCCAUUCCACCCAAAGACCAGGCCAUGUACACCAUUCCACCCAAAGACCAGGCCAUGUACACCAUUCCACGUACAAACCCGAUCACAUAUUCCACUCCACCCACAAGCCACAAGGAGUGCCAGAAGUCAUACACGUAGUGACACAGGAACCGCCGCUGUCGACGCACCACGUCUCCACUGUCAACCCUCUGCUCGGGGGUGUCGUUCUGCCGAUUGAGCAUCACUCCAUCAAGCCUGCUGUCAAGCCAGAUCGACGCCCAGGCAUCCCAGUAACCACCUCGACUGUGGUCGUGGGCGUUGGCGUGAGACCCCAUGGAAGCGAGAAUCAGUUCUUCACGCCCGUCUCUUCGACAGUGCAUCCUCCGUUUUCGCCCAUCACGCCUCUUUUCCCCGCAACCACCGUCGGCACACCCAUCACCUCUACCUAUGCCGUAGUACCCUCCGCCGCAACGACGCCCUCCAGCAUCCCCUCCUCCAAGCAUUUCACGACCAUUCGCCCUCCGCUGACAUCAAUAGCCUCAGUCUUGCCAAUAACGACUUCAUCUUACGCCGAUAUCGGGCCCAUCAGCACCGAACCGCCGGGCAUCCUGACUAGUACGUACUCCUCCAUCUUUCCACUCACCCCAACGCGGAUCAUCCCGACCACUCCAAAGCCCACAUUCAAAACCACAACGCGACCUUUCCCUACCACUCUCAGGCCAACUAUCAUUACCACAUCGCGCCCACUACCCACCACAAACAGGCCCUCCAUCAUCACCACAGCUCGUCCUAUCCCUACCACGAAAAGACCAACCAUCUACACGACACUCCGGUCAUUCCCGACAACCAUUCGCCCUGCCAUUGUCCCCACCACUUACCCCACCACCCAGAGGCCAACCAUUAUAACCACCCUCCGUCCCUUCACGACCACGCGACGGCGGCCCAGCACGACGACCAAGCCUCCCUUCGUAAUCCCGAGCGCCGUCCCGUCCGUUCCCACGCCGUUCGAUCCCGCCACGACGCCGGUGUUCACGGUCACGGAAAUUCCGGCGACGACGACGUCUAGCACCGUAUUCCAGCUCUCGCCCACUGUGAUCGGGAACGGACAGUUUGAGAUUGAGGACAACACGCUACCGCCGCGACCUCUAGAAAGCGACGAGAUCGAUAUCCUGGACAACCUCGACCUAAAUAUUGACGUCUCAACGGAAAGGCUGUCAUUCCUGGACGUCGGGAAAGAUUUGACCCGGCACCCUGGCACGGACGCGAACGAUGACGUGCACGUUCUCUCGCCGUUCACGAAGAGGAAAGGAAAUGCCACAGAAAACAACCAGGAGCACGCAGACGAUGACCCCUUUGGAUUGUACACAGAUUACAUGGACAAGCUCCUAAAUCGAAGUCCAAGCUCAACCGGCAUUGAUGAGUCCUUAAUUGCUCAGGAUUACGACGACGAUGAUCCCUUCGGCUUGUACACAGACUACAUGGAUAGGCUUCUCAGUCAAAGUCCUGAAUCCUCCUCCCACGCCACCAACACUCGCCGCUUAGUCACAGGAACCUCUGCUAUUAACACCACCACAACCACAGCGCCCAUAGGUGGCGAGACUUCUUACACUCAGGUGGCGCCCCCGCCCGCCCCCCCCUCCCUCCCGCCCGCGCUUCCGCAAACGGUUAACACGCUCCGAAACAGAAGGGUUCCGACGCCGCAGUUGGUGGCUGGGGACGGCGUGCCGCUUCCGGAAGGCCAGGCGGGACUCACUAACCUGCAGGAGCUGUUGGCGGCUGCAGCGGCGGCGGCUAAUGAAGGUGGUGCCCCAGGCGGCAGUCCCCCCCGCCAGAUCACGGCCGAGGACCUGGCAAAGCUUCCCGCUUACCUGAGGGAGGCUCCCACGUGCGCCACCUUCCCAGCCAACAGGUCCUUCUGCCUCAUGCCCCAGGACUACCCCAGUGACCUUGCCGCGACCUUAGUGAGCAAGUACGAGAAGGAGAUGCAACAGAUCAACGACCUCUUGAAACAGCUUCCAUCGCCUUCUGUGGACAUAACGCACGCAAGCAAACAGAUUCCUACGAUUGAUACGAGCGUGGAUUGCCAGAAAGAAGAAAGGACGGUUGAACUUAGCUGGUCACGUGACAUCUUGGGCAGCUGGUUCGUCAUAAUGCAGACGCCGCCAUUCUCUCAGACGAUUACAGUGACCACCUGCAGCGCCGCCGCCAGAUUGCAGGGUUGUCGGCCGCUGCUGCAGCCGCGGCCUCUCAUCGCUUUCCAGCCCCGUGACCCCGAGCCGCGCCCCUUCGUGUUCGACUUCCCCCUACCUGUGGCGUGCGUCUUCGCCGGGGUAGACCCUCUGCAGCGUGUAAGCGUCGCAGGAUAAUAGGUCUUGUUGGCCCGCCAGAACUGGGUCCCUCGGUAGCUUCGGCUUUGCAUUUUGAUGUUUGUUAGUUUGUCACCUGGGUGGUUUGUAGAACAGGCCAUUGUAAUUUCACGUAAAUUGUUAUGUACUCAUGAAUUGUAAAUUUUACAUUUGGAAUUUCAAAAUUGUGCAUAUGUAAUAGAACUGUUUUAAAAGCUUACAAUCCUAUUAUCUAGGCUUCGGCUGUGACUAUAGUCGUGACACCUGAUGACCAGCCUGUGACAUCAUCGCCCUUUGACUCAGACUUGGAUGACGAACGUUCCGUGACGUCACGGUCAGGCGCCCAUGGGACGGACAUAUUCGUGACGUCACUGGCGAACAGACCAAUCCCACAUCCUCAGGUGACGUCACGGUCUUUCCCACGCGUCCCGCUUCCACGGCGUCCGGAUACGCUGUCGGGAGUGCCCUUCGACAAUGUCAAGACACGCACAGAAAUAGUGCAAAACGAAGCUGAAGCUAAAGUCAGCCGGCAGUCGGGAGGCUCUCGAGCUCAUCCAGCUCACGUUUUCUUGACAUUAUGUCUAUCGCUUGCUUUGCUUGUUCAAAGAUGAUCUUGUAGACUGCAUAGGUAGACUUUAUACAUACUAUGCAUAUGUAAGUUAUUUUAAUUGUUACAUACUACCACAAAUGUUAUAUAUAUACACAGCUUUUCCUAAUAGGUUGUACACACAUAAUGUAUCUGCAACAACGAGACGUGAAUCAACGCCAAGAAAUUUUGGACUACUUACGUGAACGGCAAAGAACACCACACCACACACUUACACCAUGCAUUUCCAGGUCCAGAACAGCUUGUCCUUGACUGUAAUACGGACAGAGAACAAAAACAUCGACCCGUAUCUACACUGUCAUACUUCUAAAUGUCCUAUGGUAAAAAUACUCACCAUAUAAAUGCGUUUUACUAUUUUACGGGAAGAAUGUUACUUACAGUAUAUCAAAAGAUCGAGCAGGAUGUGGUGGCAUCCUUAUAGAUAGUAGACACGGGAGGUGUCGUAAGACUGAAGAGGAGUACGCUAUUGGUCUUACUUGAUUAAUAACAGCAGCCAAGCAAACUGACUUUGUAAGUUACACUAAUGAUAAAGAAAUAUUUUAUUUGCACUAUAUAUACACAAAAUAGAUGUACGUACAACAAUGUACAAUAAAGAACAAUUUCUA